GGUGGGGGACUGCACCCUGGGGAGAGGUUGGCACCGUGCCAGGUCUGUGUCUCUCCCCUGCCCAGGCUGAUGGUGAACCUGACCCAGCCGGCUCUGCUGUGCUUUGGCAAAGUCCCGCACGACCCCAGCUCCCGGCACUGCUUCCUGCAGGUGGUGUCCUACCUGCAGGCCUACAAAGAGGCUUUCGCCAGCGAGAAGGUGUUUGGGACGCUCAGCGAGAAGCUCUACGACCUGCUGCAGCUGGACUGGGAGCAGAGGCAGGAGGAGGACAACUUGCUGAUCGAGAGACUCCUGCUGCUGGUGCGCAAUGUGCUCCAUAUCCCCACGGACCCCGAGGAGGAGAAGAGUGUGGACGACGAUGCCAGCACCCACGACCGGGUGCUCUGGGCCAUGCACAUCAGCGGCACGGACGACCUGCUCAAGUUCCUGGCCAGCUCGCCGGCCGAGCAGCAGUGGGGCCUGCACGUGCUGGAAAUCGUCUCGCUCAUGUUCAGGGACCAGGUGAGCCUGGGCGGGCGGCAGGGGCAGGGGCAGGAGCUGGCUGGAUUCAUGCAUGUGUGGGCGGGGGUGCAAUGUACAGCAGUGGGUCGUACCAAGGGCCGGGGGGAAGAUGCCUUUGUGCUCCAGAGGGGCUGCAUUGGCAUCUCUCCAAGAAGUCCAUCGUGGAGCAGCUGGCCUCAACACCCCUCUCCACAGGCCAUCUUGGUAGGGCUCAGAUCCUUCAGCCUGCACACACGCCCCUCACUCCCUUCCUCUGGGUGUGAGGAAGGGGCCUUGGCCCUCCGCUGUCCCAUGAUCCUUUGCUCACCCACCGUGGGUUGGGGGGGUAGGUUCGCCAGCACCAGUGUGGUCAAGGCCUACGUCCUGCUGCUCCGGAGCUACCGUCAGAACAGCGCCCACACCAACCACUGCGUGGCCAAGAUGCUGCAUCGCAUCGCCUACGACCUCAAGAUGGAGGCGCUGCUCUUCCAGCUCUCUGUCUUCUGCCUCUUUCAGCGCCUGCUCAGCGACCCCUCGGCCGCCGCCUACAAGGAGCUGGUGAUCUUCGCCAAAUACAUCCUGGGCAAGUUCUUUGCCCUGGCAGCCACCAACAAGAAGGCCUACGUGGAGCUGCUGUUCUGGAAGAGCACGGCCACCGUGCGGGAGAUGACAGAGGGCUACAGCUCGCUGCGGGAAGGAGAGGGUGCUGGGGCCCGCAGGGCCUCCAAGUGGACUCAGCAGGAGGAAGAGGAGCUGCAGGAGCUGUACCUGAAAUACAAGGGAGUGGAAGGCGCCGACGUGGGGGGCACCCCCGUGUUCCGGCCCAGGAAGGGGACGCGCCUCGUACUGUGGACGGAGGAGCAGGAGCAGGAGCUGCAGCGGCUGUUUGAGGAGUUCCGGGACGCAGACGACAUCCUGGGGAACAUCAUGAGGCACCUCACGGCCAAGCGCUCCAAAGCCCGUGUGGUGGAGAAGCUGCUGAGCCUGGGGCUGGUGGCAGAGCGCAAGGAGCUGUACAAGAAACGCAAGAGGAAGCCCGGCCUGCCUGAUGUGGGCGAGGACAGGUCCCCGUGGGGCGCAGCCGGCCAGGAGGACUCUGCGGAGGACGAGGAGAGCGACAGCGAGGGGGAGGAGGGGGAGGCCUGGGAGGAAGGAGGCGCUGGCGGCAGGGCUGCCGAGGGAUGCCGGGAGCAAGGGGGCGAGAACCGGAUGGUGCCGGAGCAGGACGUGCAGGGCCUGGCGUGCUGCCUGAGGCAGGCAGGCCUGGCUGUCUCCCCCUUCCCCAGCGCCCAGCGGGCUGGGGCCAGGGCCUUGCUUGGCUCCCUCCCAUUGCAGCUUCCCCAGCCGGGGCUCCCAAGGAGGGGUGUCUCCUGCCCCGACUUGCUGCCCGCAGCCCUGGAGGGUUUCUCCGAGCUCCCACCGCUGCCCUGGAGCCUCGCCAGCGCAGCCUUGGCCCUCUCCCUCCAAGGGGCCGGCUGCCCCCACCAGGCCGAGGCGCUGGUGCUGCAGCUCUACGAGGCGGUGGGGACGGACGAUGCCAACGCUCUGCUCCUGGGGGUAGCGAGCCUGCCCGGAGCCCCCAAGCAGGGCGGCAGAGGCCGGGCCGCCUUGCUCUUCAAUGUGGAUCAGCUGGCAGGCGUGGACCCCCAGCGCUGCUCAGGGCUGGCUCGGCUCGACUCCCUGCUGCUGGGCCCAGUGGCCAGCACC